UUAACAUCCAAAAAUUAUCCGCUUAGUCACCGAGACUGAAAAAAAUCGUCAAAUUCCCGAAAAACCAAAAUGAAGGCCGAAUAUCAAGAUGAUCCUGAAUAUCCAAAACUACUGGACAACAACGACAGCCUGGGACACUUCAGACAAAGGUUUUUCCUCAAGAAAGACUACAUCUACAUGUGCGGUAACUCCCUAGGACUCGCCACUAAGGACGCCGAAAAAUGCGUCCUCGAAGUUAUGGAGAAAUGGAAAGACGAAGGCAUCAAAAUCUGGAUGGUGGACAACAAUAAAUACUACUUAUAUUCGAGAUACCUCGCCAAGCUCAUGGCACCAAUAGUUGGAACUGAUGCUGACGAAAUCGCUGUUUUUGGAGGCACCACUAUCAACAUCCAUCAAGGCAUCAGCACUUUUUAUAAACCCACUAAGGACAAGUACAAAAUAUUGGUAGACGACGUCAAUUUCCCAACUGACCGCUAUGCAGUGGAUAGCCAAGUAAGACUGAAGGGCUACGACCCAGCUGACGCCGUCAAAGUUGUGAAAAGCAAAGGAAACUUCAUGGACGAAGAUGAAAUUAUAAACGCCAUGACGGAAGACGUAGCCCUUGUUUUUCUUCCAAACGUCUACUACAGAACAGCCCAGGUUCUAGACAUGGUGAAAAUAACUAACGCAGCCAAAGAAAGGGGCAUUCUUAUGGGAUGGGAUCUUUGCCAUGGCGUUGGAGCUGUUGAAAUUAAUCUGAAGGAAGUAGACCCUGAUUUUGCAAUUUGGUGCACUUAUAAGUACUUGAAUGGAGGUCCCGGGUCUUCUGCAGCAAUAUACAUUAACAGAAGACAUCACAAGAAGUUGCCAGGCUUAGCCGGAUGGUAUGGAAACAAGAUUGAGACACAGUUUCUGUUGAGACAGAACUUCGAUCACCAGCAAGAUGCUAACGGCUGGCAGAUUGGUACUCCGAAUAUUUUAUCCAUGGCAUCCUUGGAAGGCGCUUUGAGGGUAAUAAACGAAGCUGGAAUCCCGAACAUGAGGAAGAAAUCUUUGCAUAUAACUGGUUAUAUGAUGUAUCUUAUCGAAAAGAAGCUGUCAGCUUACGGUUUCCGUGUAGGUAAUUUGAGAGAAGAUAGCAGAAGAGGGGGUCAUGUAUGCUUGGAACAUGAUGAAGGGUACAGAAUCAGUAUUGCGUUGAAGAUGAGGGGGAUUGCGCAAGACUUCAGGGACCCUAAUGUGAUCAGAUUGACCCCAACAGCUUUGUACACGAGCUACGAAGAAGUUUAUAAAGUAGUGGAGGUACUUUUGGAUAUUAUGAAGACUGAGAGCUACAAAGAGAUCGAUAAGAAUAGAAGUCUUGUUGUAUAAUUAGGUAUUUUUAUGUGUUUCAAAUAGUUCCUCAUUAAUUAAACUUAGCGAUUAAGUUUUUGUGUAAAUACUUUUGUUUUCUUGUGUAGAUAAUAAAGUUAAAUAAGGUAAUUUUGAAUAAAACAAUCAGUAUUUGGUUUUCUUUAUAUUUUAAAUUGAAAAUAGGCUUAUACUAUUUUACUCGAGUUGCAAUGUGAUUAUAUCAACAUGCCAUAAAAUUUAUCCUAUCACAAGUCCAGAAUUAUAUUAGACACAUAUUUUUGGAGGUUGUUUAACAAAAAAAUAUUCACACUUAUUAUAAUCACACCACAACGAUCCAUUUAUAAAUAAAAAAAUAAUUAUGUAUAACAAUUAACAAAAUGUCAAAACGUCAUUCCUUCUCAGUAUUGCAGGCCGAAAUAAAAAGAAUCUAUUUUUCAACUAACAACAUUUGCUGUGACUUUUCGUACUUACAACUUAUCUGGGAUGUACAAUAGUGAACCCUAUUUAUUUUUAAUAAACCUUAAUAAUAACA